AUGGGAUAAAUAGCUAGCCAGCUUUGUAAUUAAAACAGCAAACCAAAUUAAGAAACAGAUCCUAUAAGGUAAUCUUUACCACCUCCUCCACCUCCUCUAAGUAAUGGAGUCGCUAAAGCUUAGCUGUCUUACAACGAUUUCGAAAUUGUAAAAAGUUUAGGAUAAGGAGCUUAUGGAAAUGUUUAUUAAGUAUAAAAGAAAACAAGUAACAAGCAAUUUGCUAUGAAAGCUAUUAAAAAAUCUAAGCUUUUAUAAAAUGGGAUGGAUUUGCAAAUGUUAAUGGAGAAAAAUGUUCUCCUUAAAAAUAAACAUCCUUUUUUGGUGACUUUGAAGUAUUCAUUCUAAUCAGAUAAAAAAUUAUACUUAGUUAUGGAUUUAUGCAAAGGCGGAGAAUUGCUUAGCUAUAUUUCUUAACUUAAUAGAUUAGGAAUUUCAUAGGAAGUAGCAAAGUUUAUAGGUGCAGAAGUAUUAUUAGGAUUAGAAUAUUUGCAAAGAAAACUGAAGAUUAUGUAUAGAGAUUUAAAGCCAGAAAAUAUACUUGUAUGUGAAGAUGGCCAUAUUAAAAUUGCAGAUUUUGGUCUUGCUAAGCAUUUCUAUAGUGAAAAUGAAAAGUGUACUACGGUUUGUGGAACUUUGGAAUACUUAGCUCCUGAAAUUAUUUAAUCUUUAUAGCCUGGAUUUUAAGGAUAUGGGAUAGAAGUCGAUAUAUGGGCUUUUGGUAUAUUUUUAUUUGAAAUCAUAUCAGGCCAACCUCCAUUUACACAUCCUAAGAGAAACCCAGAAAUAAUAAUGAAAAAAGUGCUAUAAAAUAAAGUGCAAUUUCCAUCUUAUUUUAAAGAAGAAAGUAAAGAUAUUAUUCUAAAAUGCCUUUAAAGUAAUCCUUAAGAUAGACCAACAUGGGAUUAACUAAAAAAUCACCCAUUUUUCUCUAGUAUCAAUUGGGACGAUUUGUAUAAUAAAUAAGUUAUUAGUCCUAUAUUAAAACAUAUUCCUAAACGUUAAGAAGUUAAAAAAUUAGCAAGACCCAUUAUAGAAACAUAAACAGAUGAAAUAUAUAGAUCUAUUAAAGAUUUUUAUUAUGCACCAUAAAGUCUAGUCAAUUAAAAUUCUAACUAAAGCUGA